AUGGAGGGAAAGCGAGGAGCGGCACGGAACCUCCAGGACUGCGGCACGACCAUUACGGCGCCGUCAGCGGUUGAGCACCCACGCGCGACACUGGCCUGCGAUAAAAUGCUGUUGGCACUGUUGGCGUACGCCGCGGCGGUGACGACGCUGGCGGCCGGCCAGCAAACCGGCGUCCGGGACGUGACGAAGGUGACCAUCCGCGGCCAGGGCGACGUGUCGGGCGCCGUGGUGACGCUGCCCAAGAUCGGGCAGCGCGCCUGGACUUACCUGGGCGUGCCGUACGCCCAGCCACCGCUGGGCGAUCUGCGGUUCUCGCCGCCGGAAGCGGACAGGCUGCCCACGUGGACCGGCACCCGCAACGCGACCGCGCACAUGCCGUCCUGCAUCCAAGACUUACAAUUGCUGCGCCAAAGCCACCGUCCCUUCGACGCGCUCAUAUCGAACCUGCAGAUCCGCAUGUCCGAAGACUGCCUCUAUCUGAACAUUUACAGACCCGAAGAUCCUGUACCAGAUGAAAAAUUUCCGGUCAUGGUUUGGUUUCAUCCAGGAGAUUUCCAUUCGGGGACGCCCAUGUUGUGGGACGGUUCAGUUUUGGCAGCCAAGCAAAAGGUCGUUGUGGUGACAACAGCCUACCGGUUGAACAUAUUGGGCUUUUACACGGACAACUCUUCCGAAGCUCCGGGAAACUGGGGCUUGUUGGACCAGUUGGCUGCACUGGACUGGGUAGAGAAGCACAUCGACAGCUUCGGUGGAUCGCCACUGAACAUAACGAUAUUCGGUCAAGGGGCGGGGGCGAUCAGCGUCGGUCUGCACGCGGUGUCGCCACUGUCUCGGGACAAGUUCAACCGGGCCAUCAGCAUGGGCGGUAACGCUCUGCAGCGCACGGCCAUCGCCAGUCUGGACACCGAGACGGUGCUGGAAAUGCUGGUCGACAAGUACAACUGUUUCCGGAACACGUUGACCGGUUGCCUGAAGAACGUGGACGCCGAGGAACUGGUCAAGGAGGGCGGCUCGCUGGGCUACUGGGGGCCAGUGGUGGACGCCAGCGCGCUCAACAACCAGUCACGCGAGCCGUUCCUGCCGGACGAACCGGCCGCGCUCAUGGCCGCGGACAUGCUCAACCCGGCGGCGCACAUGAUCGGCUACAACGACAUGGAGGACGCAUACGAGCUGUACGACAAAAUGGACAAAGCUGACAAAGCGGACAAAUUGGACACCGUCGACAAAGUGGACACAGCGGGCGUCAGUCGUGACCGGUUCGAGGACCUGAUCCGGCAAGUGGUGGACGGAGAACAGCUGGCAGACGCCGGCGACGAGAACUGUACGCUGAAUGAAGACUUUGUGGUGGACACGUUGAUGUUCCGGUACGGCGAUCAGGCGAACGAGCCGCACUCGUUGCGCCGCAACUACGUCAAGCUGUCGACCAACAAGAACUACGGGUCGACCGCCUACCGGAUGGCCACGCACACGUCCAAGAGGAACGCCACGUACAUGUAUCGGUUCGGGUACAAGUUGCGCACGACCCGCGGCGUCACCGUGCCCGAUUGGGUAGACGCGGCGCACAUGAUGGAACUACCGUUCGUGUGGGGCAUGCCGUUCUGGACGGGUCUGUCCAACGUGGACUGGUCGGCGGCCGACCGGCGCAUGUCCGAGAGGAUGAUGAACAUGUGGACCGAAUUCGCGCGGUCGGCCAGUCCUACGCAAAAAGGGUUGGCCGUCAAGUGGGACGAGUUCCGGGUGCAGAAACCGCGGUUGAUGGUGCUCGACAAGAACCCGAACCUGUCUCAACCGGACCAGGAAUUCGAGUUCUGGGCCGGUUACUACCCGAAAGUGUUGGACGUGGCCUGGCAGUGUUGCGAAAAUUACACCACCGACUCAACGACCGUGGCCCAUCCGAUGGCCACGUCGCUGGCGUUGACUGCGCUGCUGGUGUGUGCGUGGCCAUUGGUGUGGCACAAGUUACUCUAAGUCGACUUCGCCCAAGUCCUACCAUCAAGUUAACCUCAUCAAGUUAUUUGAAGGGGUGGGAAGUCACCGAUUGAUAAGUUUAAAAGCAUUAGGUGUAUAAUAUUAUCUAAGCCAUUCCAUGUGAAAUCAACAGAAAAAAUGUUCAGUUGUUCAAAAGAUUAUUCAUACUAUGAGAUUAAAUUAUAAGAGUUUAGAGACCGUCGCAGUUAAUAUAAAAAAUUAAUAAUAUAAAUAAUAAAAAAAACAGCUAAUAUAAAAAAAAAUCCAUCCGUUAACAACAGUUUAGACUUUAAAACGCUCAAAUAAGCGAGAUCUAAAGACAGAAUAAGAAAAGAAGUUUACUAAGCUUCGCCAUCGAAACAAAAAAACAUAAUAGUAAUCUUUUUAGUUUUGCAAGUAAAUAAAAAUAAUUUGUUUACAACAAUAACAUAACGCUUGCGCAACACACAUAAUUGCACUUCAGAGAGUAAAUUACAUUUCCCCGUGCAAACAUACCUAUUUUUUAUUUUCUUGUUUGACUG